AUGAGGGAUCGACUGCAUAAGCUGAUAAAGAACGGAAACUACUCCCAAAUGGCCAGUCGUCUUGGCAGCACCUUGUUACACAUCAAGAAUGUCGGAGGUCAGCCAGGCUUCUUGGAAAUGCUACCAGCCGUGAGCAAUGGUCCAGCCUUGUAUCUAGUAUUUUUGAAUUUGAGCAAGCAGCUGGACGAGCCCUACGAUAUUCCCUUCAGUCGAGACGACACCAUUGUCACCCCAUACAAAGCUGCGCACACAGUGAAAGCCACAGUCUCUCAAAUCCUCUCUUCAAUUGCCUGUGUCCAUCAUGUCUCUCGAGAGGAUGAUUUGAUCAAAACUUCCAAAUUGGGUGAGAAGUUUGAAAAGUUUCAACAGAUUCAUCCUGUAGCAGCUUUGAUCGGUACUCACGUAGAUAAGUUGGAAAAUCCAAAAGAAAAAAUCAAGCAGGUCAGCGAUGCUCUAAAAGCGACCACUCAGAAGUUUUCCAAGAUCCUGGUAUUACCUCCGUCAGAUUCUGAAUCUUCAUUUUUUGCCAUGAACAACUUCGCUGGAACCGAACAGUCUGACAUUGCCCCGAUUCGUGAUUUCAUGAGUAAGGUUUUCACCUCUCACUUCAAGGAUGCAUCUCUGCCCAUCAAACCGAAAUGGCUCCUACUGGGCACACUACUGCGGAUGGAGUACUCAAUCGUGUCGAUGAAAGACUGUCUGAAAAUUGGGAGAAUAUUGGAGAUGGAUGAAGAAGAUACCAAAUUCUGCCUAAGGUAUCUUCACAGCAUAGGCUCGCUCAUGCAUUACACAAAUGUGCCCGAUGACUGGCUCAAGAAUCACGUGUUCUGCUCCCCUGAAGUGAUCUUUACUAGCAUCAGCCAACUGAUCCUUGUAGCUUUACGCAUCCUCCAUUCUGAAGGCCACGUCACUGAGUUUGAGCGAGAAGAGUUGAUAAAAAUGGGGCAGUUUUCACUGGAAGCCAUUAUCAAGUACUGUACUGGUCCAGAGGUUACUAAGCUGCUCAAGGAAGGAGAGAUUAUCCCAGCCAAGCAUCUCAUCAUACUGCUGCAAUAUCUCAACCUUCUCUCUGAAAUUGUUCACAAAGAUGGCAACGAUCCGGACGUCACUAGAAUCACAUACCUAAUGCCGGCUAUAUUGGACUGUGCUUCACAAGACGAGCUGGCGAACCCACCUCAACCAGAUGCCAACAACCCAGAACCACUCCACAUCACAUUCAGCUUUGGUUACGUACCAACGGGAGUCUUCUGUGGGCUCAUCACUCGACUAGUUUCCCAAGGUCCUCAUGGAAUUCUUGGAUUGACGUGGGAGUUUGUUGAAGAUGGUGUCAAACAAAACUGCGUCUCUUUCUAUUUAAAUAAAUCAAACAAGAUCACCCUACUAGCACAUGCUCGAUGCUAUGAAAUUCGAAUUGUUCGCAGCUUCUCUCGAGUCUCUCUCCAUGACCUUUGUACCUACGUUCUCUCGGUGAUGCUCUACACGCUCAAAAGCCUUUACCCACGGUUGAUUCCACAAAUUGCAUUCCAAUGUCCGUGCCCUGAUCACCAGACGAGUGGAUGUAUGGAUAAUCUGUGUGUCCUUGCUAAGGAUUUGUGGGUCCAGUUUCUCUGUGGGUACAAGCCAGUCACUCUCAGGAAAUAUCAGCAAGUGUGGCUGGGAAAGCACGUGCCUCUAGGAAGCAUGACAGAACUAGAUGUGCUAAAGUCUGCUGAGGAUGGUUUCUCUUUCCACUGGACCAAAGAGGGCUCCAGACGUCAGAUCAAGACAACUGAUGAUCGGCCCAACACUGUGAGCUUCCCGAGUGUGAGAGAGGAGGACUUUGGUCACUACCAGUGUGAGGUGAAGGAGGCUGGGAAAGUGGUCCUCAAUGUCUGCAGAGCUCUCUACAACGUGGAGAAUGUAACUCCACUAGCUGCUGACGGAGUUCCCCAGGCAACCAUUGAGUCAGCCUCUACUGUACUGACUGAUGCUGUACCAUCUGAUGUCACUGAAGAAGGAGAUACCUCACAAGAUGUCCUCACUUCGUCUCCUCAUACAGGAGCUGGUGGACCGAGGACUGUGACCAUCGAGGAAUUGAAGGAGCGUACAAAAGUGACCGACUCUCAACUUGACAGUGAAAUUGAAGAGACUAACAUGAUCGUUCUGGCAGCUCACUUUAACAAUGUGGAGACCUACCCUGUACAACUGGGACUGAACCCUGCUGAAUGUCAAACUGUUAGAUCCUUAUCAUUUCAAUAUGAUAUUCAAACAGCGAUGGACAAGGCCCUGAAACUGUGGAGACAGCAUAAUCCAGGGGCUGCUACUUACAGAGCUCUGGUGAUGUUGCUGUUGAGAAUGGGAAAAGAAGCAAUGGCUGUUGCCGUUUGUCAGUCUGCCGUGACAGCUAUUUCAAACGCAACUUAUAUCUCACCCGAUAAUAAACAGGAUGACUCGAGUAUGCCCAGUAUACCUUCACAAGCAUCUGUAUCAGCAGCAAAGAAACCUGUGGUGUUGAGAAAAUCUAGCUAUCAAACUAUGUUAGUAUGUUUUUGUCUUUUAUUGCCAAUUAUUUGUGCCUAUCUCUUUCUUAAGAUUUUUUACUGAAGGAAUUAAGAUACAAAA